UCGGGAAUUUGCAUUGUUUUUCAGUGGACUGACUUCCAGGACAAGGACUCAUCUGCACCCGCCCAAAUACCAUGGCACUGCGUGCGCCCUUUGCCACCGGAUCCUCCCCUUCCAAUGAGACUUUCUGAUUGUGUCUACCAACUCUCCUAUUAGGAAACCCGUGGGUUGCAUGCAGCUAUUCUGUUGUAUUCUCUUUCUCACUCCCUCCCCUCUCUCACUCACACUCUUGCUGAAGGCACACCAAUACCGUUCUGCUGAGAAGAAAAAGCCCACAACUACCUUAAGCGAUUAAGACAAUAUGCGCAACUCUCGCCUUUCAUAGCGAUCACUAUACAAAUCUGGCAAGAGCCAACACCAGUCUUUGCAAGAAUGGAGUCGGUAAAACAAAGGAUUUUGACCCCAGGAAAAGAGGGGCUAAAGAAUUUUGCUGGAAAAUCCCUUGGCCAGAUCUACAGGGUGCUGGAGAAGAAACAAGACACUGGGGAGACCAUCGAGCUGACGGAGGAUGGGAAGCCCCUGGAGGUGCCCGAGAAAAAGGCUCCACUGUGCGAUUGCACCUGCUUCGGCCUGCCGCGCCGCUACAUCAUCGCCAUCAUGAGCGGCCUGGGCUUCUGCAUCUCCUUCGGCAUCCGCUGCAACCUGGGCGUGGCCAUCGUGGACAUGGUCAACAACAGCACAAUCCACCGAGGGGGCAAGGUCAUCAAGGAGAAGGCCAAAUUCAACUGGGACCCAGAAACCGUGGGGAUGAUCCACGGUUCCUUCUUUUGGGGCUACAUCAUCACCCAGAUUCCGGGCGGCUACAUCGCGUCUCGGCUGGCAGCCAACAGGGUUUUUGGAGCUGCCAUACUUCUUACCUCUACUCUGAAUAUGCUAAUCCCAUCAGCAGCCAGAGUGCAUUAUGGGUGUGUCAUCUUUGUUAGGAUAUUGCAGGGACUUGUUGAGGGCGUCACCUACCCAGCAUGUCAUGGGAUAUGGAGCAAAUGGGCUCCUCCUCUAGAGAGGAGUAGAUUGGCAACCACCUCCUUUUGUGGUUCAUAUGCUGGAGCUGUGAUUGCAAUGCCUUUAGCUGGCAUUCUUGUACAGUAUACUGGUUGGUCCUCAGUAUUCUAUGUCUAUGGAAGCUUUGGAAUGAUCUGGUACAUGUUUUGGCUUUUGGUGUCUUAUGAGAGUCCUGCAAAGCAUCCUACCAUUACAGAUGAAGAACGUAGGUACAUUGAAGAAAGCAUUGGAGAGAGUGCAAAUCUUUUAGGUGCAAUGGAAAAAUUCAAGACUCCAUGGAGGAAAUUUUUUACAUCUAUGCCUGUCUAUGCAAUAAUUGUUGCAAACUUCUGCAGAAGCUGGACUUUUUACUUAUUGCUUAUUAGUCAGCCGGCAUAUUUUGAGGAAGUCUUUGGAUUUGAAAUCAGCAAGGUUGGCAUGCUAUCUGCUGUGCCACACUUGGUAAUGACAAUUAUUGUACCCAUUGGAGGGCAGAUUGCAGAUUUUCUAAGAAGCAAGCAAAUUCUUUCAACAACUACAGUAAGAAAGAUCAUGAAUUGUGGUGGUUUUGGCAUGGAAGCAACACUGCUUCUGGUUGUUGGCUAUUCUCAUACUAGAGGUGUAGCUAUCUCAUUCUUGGUACUUGCAGUGGGAUUCAGUGGAUUUGCUAUUUCUGGUUUCAAUGUUAACCACUUGGAUAUUGCUCCGAGAUAUGCAAGUAUCUUAAUGGGCAUUUCAAAUGGUGUUGGCACAUUGUCAGGAAUGGUUUGCCCUAUCAUUGUUGGUGCAAUGACAAAGAAUAAGUCACGUGAAGAGUGGCAGUAUGUUUUCCUGAUUGCUGCCCUGGUUCACUAUGGCGGAGUUAUAUUUUACGCAAUAUUUGCCUCAGGAGAGAAGCAACCCUGGGCAGACCCUGAAGAAACAAGUGAAGAAAAAUGUGGAUUUAUCCAUGAAGAUGAGCUUGAUGAAGAGACAGGGGACAUUACUCAAAAUUAUAUAAAUUAUGGUACCACCAAGUCUUAUGGUGCCACAACACAGGCCAAUGGAGGUUGGCCAAAUGGUUGGGAAAAGAAAGAGGAAUUCGUACAAGAAGAAGUACAAGACUCAUACACCUACAAGGACCGAGAUGAUUAUUCAUAACAAAGCUAAUUGCUGGAUUUAUUUUUAGUGUUUGUGAUUACAUUAAUUGUGAUUGCACAAAAAUUAAAAAAAAAAAAGUGAUGUAAACACAUAAACAUAUCAACCAGGCAACUCUUGCUAUAAAAACGAAUCAAAAAAAACAAACAAACAAAGAAAAAAACUCAUGAAGUUUCCAUCAAGUGCAAUCUGUAGAAGUUGUGAAAUGCCAUCAUUUCCAUUCAGGUCAUCCAUUUUUGCGUUUGUGAUUUAAUGGUUGACUGGUCAAAAUUGUAGAAGCAAGUAGUUACUCUUUGGAUUCAUGUGAGCUAAAACUCAUCACCAUUUAAUAAAGCACAACUAAAACAGUUGGCACAUCCCAUCCUACAAAGGUUAGGAAGCCAAAGCUACUUGAUCAUGCAAAAUGCACUUAUAUAUUUGUUACACUGUAUUGCAAGGUAUCAUGCAGAAGUCCUGUUAAGAAAACUAAAGAUGUCAUGUUGGCUGCAUCAGGUGUUGGCAACAUUUAUUGAAUAUAAAUUAUAGAGUUGAUAUAUCUCUCAAUUAGAGAAGAAUAUUGUGGGCUAGCAACUAGCAAGGUGUACUAAAUAAUUAUUGUUAUUACAUAAUGUGGAAUAUUUUGUUGGUUCUGAAAAGAAAUAUCUUGCAGUGUUUUAUAUGAAAUGCUUGUGCGCAUAUACUUAUAUCUGUGAAAGAGAACUUGUAAAGUGGGGGGUAUGCUUCAUGUUCUUCCAUUCAUUUACCUAACAGUAUAAAACACUUCACACUUCAACAAAAUCUGACGUUUCAUGUAGCAUAUCACAUAACUUUUUUGCAAAAAAAUAUAAAAAGUAAAUAGACUUUAAUGUAUUUUUUAUUACAACUUUGUACUGGUUGUAACUUGCAUUAGAAAAAAAAAGAUACACAUGCCAUAAAGAAUCUAAUAAGAAAUUUACUACGGAGAUAUAUCCCUUAAAAUGCAAUAUUAACAACAAAAGAAAUAGAAAAUUGUUUAGAUAUUCUUCUUCCUUAAUAAUGAAAUACUAUAUUAACCUUGUGCCACAGAGCUAUAUAUAAUAUGAAAAGAUAAACUUAAUAGAGAUACUGUAAGUAGACA